GAACAAAGAUGGCCGGCGUUUGUUUACUCCGAACAUUGAGGGGCUUCAAACGUUUUCGGGGGUGGAUCCGUACCAAUGACUGCGUGCUCAGUUCAAUUCCAUCGCCUCGGGUUCAACCCCAUCCCUCACCUCGACCGCGGGAGGAUAGGGUGACCGGGAGGCAGUGUGGAGCGGCUGGGGCACGGUGCUCGCGGGAGGGAACGUGCCCCGCAUUAAGAUGGCGGCGGGCCAUAGCAACACGUCGAGCUCGGUUUAAACUGCAGCUUCGGGGCCUGCAGCGACUGGGAGAGAAACAAGAACGGAAGGGGCUUCGAGUGUUGCACCACCAAAAAGAAAAUAGCGAAGGGGAAAGGGAUGAAACAUUGAACUUUAGCACGACUUUCUCCUCCCCUACAAAACAUAACAGUUCCCCUCACAAAGAUGGCGCCGGGGAGGGAGCUCCUCCAAUUAAUUUGUUUUAUGUUGUUGUUCCAUGUAACAUCUGAAAGAAAGAGGCAGGGAGUUCGGCCAAAACCAUUCAAUUGAUAAUGUCGGCGACUUCGUGCUUUACAGAGUCAGAAGGAUAACAUUGCACAAGAUGAUCUGGCUUCUGUAACAUUUUUCAGAUUAAAUCCAGACUUGUCACAAUAAUUUAUUGGCCACCAGCAACAGCCAAGUCAUAAGAUACUGACGUCAGCCAACGAGCUAAAAUAUAACCUUGAACUUGGAAGUUUAUCCACAAGCCCGAUUCGUAAAAAUAGGAAAGUGUUUAAAAAACUAUUUUUUUAAAGAAGAGUUGGACAAUGAAAACUUGGGAGGAUGCCGUCAGUAUCCUGACUCAAUACCUCCUCCUCCCUAAUAGUAGUAAAAGCCAACUAACAGCCAGUAAGAAAUAAGCACGAUCCGGAAAUGAUGUAAAGGGAUUUGUUUUGAGACGAGCCGAAGUAAAACGAUGGGAUCAUCUCCAGAGAGUCACAAGGUCGUCUUUGAGAAAGAGAGUGUGUUUCUGCACACAAGCACAAAACGGAAUAAUGACCACGAUACACUGAUCCCCGGGGUGAUCCGGAUCCUCGAGAAGGGUCCUGAUACUGUGAUGGAGUGGACUCCACUCAGUGAGAGCGGAGAGCACCCUCAAUUCCUGUAUUCCAAAAAGGAUUCCAGUAUGAAUGGGGCCAGUCAUACUGAGGAGGACAUGUUUGACCCAGGUUACGAACCUGAUUGGGCUGUUAUCAGCACAGUAGGGUCUAGGACACGUCCACUGGAGGAUAUGCGUGCUACCACCCAGUGUUCCGCAGCUAACAGCAAGUGGGCAUUCUCUCUCAGUCUGUGUGAGCUCAAGUCCAUCCGGAAAAACAAGCCUGGCCUGGGUUGGUCGUACCUCAUCUUCAUCACCAAAGAAGGAAUCUCCUUCCCAGCUCUUCAUUUCCACGGUGGCGGUACCAGAGCCUUAUUGAAGUGCCUCUGUAAAUAUGUUGUGCUGGCCACUUCCAAGAAGGACCCUCGUCUUUAUCUGGUCUAUUCUCACGACUCUCAUGCCUUAUCCCAAUCCUUUGACGAGUUGCAGCUAUUCGAUGAACAUUCAUCAGACUUAGUGUCACGCUUUAUACAGGACCCUUAUGCUGCCACUUUUGGCAGUUUCUCCAAGGUGACCAACUUCCUGCGUGGAGCCCUGCGACCCCAGGAUGUGUCCCGUCACCGUCCACUGCGCGAGAUGGCGAGCGGCCUCGAUUUGGACCAGCAAGACGAGCCAGGCUUUGAGGUCAUCACUUGUCAAGCUGAUCUAGGGCUACGACCAACUGUACAGAGGCAGGAGACUCUAACAGCUGAGGAGUGGGAGAAACAUCUGGACCCAGAAGGAAGAGUUCAGGAGGUGGAAGAAUUGAAGAAGAUGAUUUUCAAAGGAGGACUGUGCCACAGCAUCCGUCGGGAAGUUUGGAAAUUCCUUUUGGGAUACUACUCCUGGGGCAGCACGGCUGAGGAACGCAAAACUGUGGUAAAGCAAAAAACGGAUGAGUAUUUCCGGAUGAAACUGCAGUGGAAGUCGGUGACUGAAGAUCAGGAACGGCGAAAUUCCCAACUGCGAGCGUACAAGAGUCUGAUUGAACGAGAUGUCAGCAGGACUGAUCGCAACAACAAGUUCUAUGAGGGGAAUGACAACCCAGGCCUGGUGUUGCUGAAUGAUGUAUUGAUGACUUACUGCAUGUAUAACUUCGAUCUGGGCUAUGUUCAGGGAAUGAGUGACCUCCUCUCUCCGAUACUGUACGUUACGCAGAAUGAAGUCGAUUCCUUCUGGUGUUUCACUGGCUUCAUGGAGCGAGUGCACCGCAACUUUGAGGAGAGCCAAGAGAGCAUGAAAGAGCAGUUAGAAAAGUUGGCCCUGCUGCUGAGAGUUCUGGAUUCUGCACUUUGUGACUUUCUAGAUUCCAGAGAAUCAGGAAGCUUGUGUUUCUGCUUCCGCUGGCUUCUCAUCUGGUUUAAGCGAGAGUUCUCAUUCCCAGAUAUCCUGCGGCUCUGGGAGGUUCUGUGGACGGGCCAGCCAUGCCCAAAUUUCCACCUGCUAGUCUGUUGUGCCAUCCUGGACUCUGAGCGCGAUGCCCUGAUGAACCCCAACUACGGCUUCAAUGAGAUACUCAAGCACAUCAACGAGCUGACCAUGAGGUUGAAUGUGGAGGACGUGCUGUGCAAAGCCGAAGCCAUCUACCUCCAGCUUGCAGCCUGUCCGCAGCUACAACAGAGUGUGCAACAGAUCCUGGGCCUGGUGGAGGACACUACCCCCAGCGGCAGCACUAGCUCUGGCACCGGCAGCUCCCCACAAGCCCUGUCCCCCAGCCAGACGCAUGAGUCGGAGCUUACAGACAGCGCCUCCCACAGCCUGCCCGAUAGCAGCAUUGAGAUUUUACACACAGAGGAUGGUAACAUUGAGUCUGGCCAAAGCCCGUAAGUGAUGGUGGCAGAGCUGCUUAAUAGGAGAGUGUGUGGGUGGGGGGGGUGUGCUGACCAAAAUCUCAAACAAGGACAUUUAAAACACUUUCACCAAAGCCUUGAGUAACAAUGCGGCAGCAGCUUUGGAACUGAGACAAAAUUCAUCCAUGUAAUCCUGUAAAAAUGGGUAAUUUCCUUUCUUCACUGACCAAACUUUAAUCUGAAUAGUUGUAACUGAGCACAGUGGUUGCUUCAGUUCCCAAUUCCUGUUCAAGUUCUUGGGGGGGGAUGAAAACGCUGAAAAAUCCUUCAGGAUUGGUUGCUGCUUCCGGUUUAGAAUGAGUAUUAUUACAUUGUAGAGUUCUGAUUUUUGUUUUUGGAUUAAAAAAAAACUUCUUUUUUCUCUAAGAACUUAAACAUGGAGCCCUUUCAAAUUGGGAGGGAAGUUGGUUAUUUCUGGCAAGGGAGACAGUAAAUGAGAUGUGGAGCAACUCCUGCUAUCAUCCCCUCUGGCCUUGUUUGUCAUCUAGACAAAGUCAAAUCCUUCUCUUUUUUUGUCUAAGGUGUGAUUACCGCUGAUGUUAAGGGAAGGAUUCAAUUGCAGCUCGAUGCUGCUUGGCCCACCAAUGUUCAGCCCGUACCCACUGAAGAUCUAACAUUGCAAUCCUGAGUUUCAGUUGACUGGGCUCCCAAUGCCUUGGGGCUUCAGCCAUAGUGUUAGUGUUUAUGUUUGCCUUUAGUCAGUCAGCACCCUCUCCCGUCCUUCCUGUGCAGCCAAACUCUCCUUCAGUUUGGUGUUUGUCUUUAUUCGGUGGGUACUAAGUCACCAUCAAUCGAACCGAAUGCGUCCAAACCUAGGUGAGUGACUCAAUUAUCCAUCUGGAUGCGGUAAUCCAUCCGUCAGUGAUUCUCGGCUGGUGAGGGAUCCCCUUGAGCUGGUGAUCGGAUAACCGUUGUGUGACGUCGAGUGGCGUUUUUCUGAGCAGCAGACCUUCUGCAGUCACAACAGCUGACAUUAAUUUUCACCAGUCUGCCGUGAGGGCAGGAGUGCAGUAGGAUCACCCCUGUACAAAUCCCCGUAAUCUCAUUUCCUUUAAAAGACUGUGUGCUUGACUUGAUGGAUUUGAGUCCAAUGGCCAUGCCAAGUAUAAAGCGAAGGGACUAAAACUGUCACUGCUAAGGAAAUUCAUGAUUUUCCUUUUAUUCUAUUGAAUGGAAGCACUUGCCAACCCUCGCACAAUUGUAUUUCUUUAUUCCCUGGAGAGGCAUAAGCACGUGAGGAGUGGGUUGCAGAUCUGUAAGACUGUGCGACAAAUGGUAGCUCCCUUGCACUGUGUAGGAUGUUUGAAUUUAUUCUGUGUAACCACAACUGCGUCCUUCAGAGCUGCUGAGGAAAUAGAAACGUGCAGACAUUCAGCUGGUCAGCAUUAACCACACCAGCACAACCUGGGCGUUUUCCAUUGUUUGGAGGGAGUGGGUGUGGGGGUAGAAAUAGAUGUUUGUAGAGGAGGGGGGAAUGAUAGCUAAGGGGAGAGAGGGCAAGGACACACGCAGUUUUGCACCCGCAGUGUGUGAAGAGUCAGCGCUGCUGGUGAAGAGCUGGUUAAUCCCAGACUUUGUCACCCAUUCAGUGGUCUAAGCAACUCAUGAAACAAGAGCCUUAUCUUGAGUCACAGCUACCCCAACUCUGUGCUCUCCCUGCUCAUGGGCCGGCAAAUCUGUUUCAAUCUCCCACGUUCCACUUGGAGAUAUAAAGGAUUCUUGCCAUCCGUGUGCCAAAGUGGUCACACACAGUUUGUCGGCUUGGCUCAAUUGCCAAGGCUUUUCAUUCUUGAUUCUGACAAAUUGAUCAAGACUUUCCUCCCCAAGUACCCCCCCGCCCCCGCCAAGGCUGACAUUCCAGGGUUGUACGGAGAGAGAACACCACUCUGCCAGAGAUGCCCACUUUCUUUCUGACUGUGGGAUUAGGCCGAGGCACCACUGGUCCAUUCUGAUGCAUUGCGCAUGUUCCCCAGUGACAGUCGUUUAACAGCAAGGGAGUUUCUCAAACGUCAUAACCAGCAUUUGUGCCUCAAGCUAACGGCACGCAAUGCGGAUUAACCAGUUAUCCACUGGAUGACUCUUGCUAAUGUACAAAAUUUCUGCAUAUUAAUUUGUGUUAGGCUCCACUUCAAAGUAAUCAAGCGCUUUGAGGUAUUUUCAGUAAAAUAUAUAUAUUAGGUUCCUUUUUCUAGGAAAAUAUUUUCAGUGAAGCUGGUAGGUUUGGAGUUGAAUCCUUAACACCCUCCAAAUUGCUUUUGCCAAGGGGACACACCAAGUUAGUUAUACCCAAGGUUCAUUUUGUGCCUGUACUUUUAAUAGUAUGUGACUUUAAUCUGUCUGAAAAUUGGUCAGAGGAUCUUCUUUAGUAGACAGUAGUUUCCUGUUUAAGAAGUAUUUAUAAAUCAAUUUAAUCAGAAAAUCUGUGUGUGUUACAAAUUGAUUUUCCGUCUUGCCAUUCAGUUGUAAUGGUGAAAUGUUAGCUUACAAAUUAUGCUUGGGUUGGGCAGAGAUAUGAAGUGUUAUGUCUGUCUCCCCCAUCCUUCUGCAGGUUGAUGUUCUUUGACCCAGCUCGCUUUCUUAAUAAAACACACACACAUUCCAGGCCAAUCACUUGUCUUGCUGUUGUGCCUGCCCCCAGCACAGACAGCUCCCACGUUUUUGUAAAGAUAUUCAAUAAAUUACCUCCAUCUCGCACAGUUCUUCAAUAGGACCCAAAGUGUAUUCUUACGACAUGAUGUGGAGGUGCUGGUGUUGCAUUGGGGUGUGCAAAGUCAGAGAGCACACAACACCAGAUUAUAGUUCAAUAGGUAUAUUUGAAAUCAAAAGCUUUCAGAGUGCUAUUCCUUCGAACCUGAUGCUCUGAAAGCUUGUGAUUUCAACUGAAAACCUGUAGGACUAUAACCUGGUGUCAUAUGACUUCUGACUUUGUCCACCACUGUCCCACACCGGUACCUCCACGUCAUUGGCUGUCGGAGCUUUGAAAGAUGCUGUAACCUCACUGCCAGGUCUCUGCUACCGCUGCUUGGACAGUAGAGAAGGGAGGUUUACUCUGUAUUUAGCCCAUGUUAUACCGACCUGAGGAGUAUCCAAUACUGGGAUAGGAUGCCUCAAGGAGAAGGUUCAGAGAUGUUGCUGUGACCAACAAAACAACAGUUUAAACAAAUAUCUAUGUUAAUCAGUUAUAUUUUUGUUGCAUCUGACAGCCUGACUUUGAUUCCAGCCCUGUAAACUCUGCUUAUGAUUGGUGGGGGUAGUGCUGACCUCCAUGCCACACCCACAAACAUCAUCCAAAAAGCACCAGGCUGUUGUUAUCUCUCGGGGGGGGGGGGGUGAAUCUGAAGCUGUCACACAGUGUUGAGGCCUUCAGCAAGCUUAACUCUGUAACCUGCUGCACACACAAUGUUGUUUAACCAGGCUCAGAUUAGCAAAGGGUUAAUUCCAGGCUCUCUCUCACUUGUGUACUCAAGCAGCAUGAUGUUGGACAGAAAGCUGAGCAGUUGUGCAAAUGAUCAAAGCGAGAUUUUUGAGAUGCUCUGUGGCAAGUAAAGCCAAUUACACAAUAUAAAUAUAUCUUUGCUCGCUCCACCAUACCGUUAAUAGCCACUCCCCUGGUAUGAUUGACAGUAAACCACAUGCUGUCUUUUAAAUACUGAACUAUCAUUCCCUACAACCUCUGAUUUUUCAAUUAUAUCAUGGCUGCUCCAAAGACAAGGCAUGUCUGAAGCCGUUUUUGCCUUUAAGCAGACAUGGUCUUUGUUCAGUGAGUGGGCAUCACAAACUGUUAGAAAGUAGGAGCAGGAGGCGGCCAUUCAGCCCCUCAACUGUUUCAGCUUCCAAUCAAUACGUGUCUCUAUUCCAUAACCCUUGAAACUUCUAGCCAACCAAAAUAUGUUGACCAGUUUCCUUUGUGAAAUGUUCAUUUGAACCCUCCUCCUCCCCACCCAAUCAUUUUGCGGGGAGAAAGUUCAGGUUUCCACAAGUUUUAAAAUGGAGAUGUGUUUCCUGAUGGUUGCAGUGAAGUUCACAAGUUUGAAGGUCUCUCUCAUUAGAAUGCGGCAGUUUGAAUUGUGUGCUAGAAAGUACAGGCUCAUACCCCGCAGAAGAUGGUAUUCAGUUCAUGCCUGGACUGCCUCUUUGAAAAAGCUUUCCAAUGGAUCCCCAUCAUAGCUGUUUCCAGCAGUAGAAAUGACAGGAAGGAGUUAAGAGUGUUUGCAGUGGGCUGUGUGAUAUUAAUGAUAUUAAUUCCAGGAUAUGGAGCAAACAAUACAAAGUACCUCCCAGCAGCUCUGAGUACUGUCACCUAAACACUCCCUGGCCUGAUCAAAGACAUUUUGCUUUGCAUUAUGUUUGUUAAUAAGCUGCUCAAUAUUCAUGAGCACACAAAUCUUCAUUAUGGAGCAGACCGCAGCCGCCACAUGAGGAGCUUGCUCACACAGUGCUCCCACAUGGAGCUUGUUUUGUUCAGAGUGGGAUUCUUGCUCCUUGCAAGGAUGCGGCUGUUUGUCACAUUAAACAGGAUUCACCAAUCAGGAAGUUCCAGCAUUGUCCACGUGUGCAGCGGGGUAGUAAGAGGCGAGGAAUGUCCUUUGACGUUAAUGAAGUGUGUAGCGGCACUGAUUGAAACAACAGACAGUGCAAUGUAAGCGACAUCCCAGUACAGUUUUAUCUUUCCUGAACGACAUCUUUUUGUGGCCAGAACUCUGAUAGAGUGAGGGUGCCAGCAUUCAAUCGCAGUGUGUGUUGCCAAUGCCAGUUUGGCUGCCAGCUGCCUGCACAUGCCUAGAUGGCAGCAGUUGCACGAGACCUCUGUGCUAGAGCCUUCUAGCCCACCCUCCCUUGCCUCACUUCUAGCCACAUCCCUCACUGUACAGCUCACUCCACAUUUAGCAAUGGGUGAGUGAGGCAUUGGCGGAUGUGGACAGGGCUCUUUUCUGAGUGUGUCUCUGGGUCAAUGCAUCUGGAAUUCAUUUCAGGGGCAUCUCUUGCAUGGGUCCUUUAGCACUACUGCGCUGCAAAUUGAAUAAACUGCACACCAACACAUCAGUUCCACUUCUGGGUUCAAGCCAGCUGAAAAGAUUAAUUCCCACACAGGACCAAUUGCUGCCCAGCAACUAGUGGUGACGUUGGCAAUAAACACAGCACUCUGUGCAGAAUCUUCCCAUUAGAAUUCAUCCCUUUCUACAGCAACAAUAUAAACUGAGGGAAAAGAAAAUACAACUAACCUUAGCUCCUCCCAAAAUGUCUGAUGCCUCCUCUACUGGGAGGACAUGUUCAGGCAAUAUUGAGAGACUCCUGUAAGUUAGGCUUCCCUGAUAGAGCUGGUGUAUACCUGCAGGUUGUCAAUGAUUGACUAACUGGUAUCAUUUUGUUCUCCACCCCUCCCUGACACAGUGCACAGCAGUGGUUAGGAGCCAGUGAGGGUUACAGUCCAACAUGCGCAGUAUCUGAUCAGUAUUCGGUUCUAUGAAGCAAGGUGUGCUGUAGACAAGUGUUUUAUACUGGCUGAUACUGUGCUGCAAGGUUCACUUCUGUCUUGAAACUUUUUGUGUGAUUCUAAGAUGUGCAACUGUAAUUUGCUGUAUUAAAUUACUGACCCAAUCACUA